CAGGGAACAAUGUUUCCACAGCCCGUGUGACAGCUGAACCCAUCGAGAGCCCCACAACCUGGAUGAAGCAGCAACCCGACAUCGGCCGAAAUUUCACCCAGACUCGUUGAAGUCGUCUUGUUCGAAAUGACUCUUCUCCACACUCCUCAGCAACAAUGGCUUCCCGCACACUACGAAUUGGUCUGAUCCCUGGUGAUGGCAUUGGCCGCGAGGUCAUUCCUGCCGGUCGUCGCAUCCUCGAGGCCCUGCCCAAGUCUUUGGGUUUGACCUUCUCCUUCGUCGACCUGGAAGCUGGUUUCGAGACCUUCCAGAAGACUGGCGUUGCCCUGCCCGAGAAGACCGUCGACACACUGAAGCAGGAGUGCGAUGGUGCUCUCUUCGGUGCCGUGAGCUCGCCCUCCACCCCUACCAAGGGCUACUCGUCUCCCAUUGUCGCUCUCCGCAAGCGUCUCGACCUGUACGCCAACGUUCGUCCCGUCAAGAGCGUCAAGAACACCACCAUGUUCCCCGACCCCAUUGACCUUGUCAUUGUCCGCGAGAACACCGAGGACCUGUACGUCAAGGAGGAGAAGACAUACGACACCGAGAACGGCAAGGUCGCCGAGGCCAUCAAGCGCAUCUCCGAGCGUGCCUCGAGCCGUAUCGCUACCAUGGCUGGUGACAUUGCUCUCCGUCGCCAGCGUGUCCGCGACUCUACCGGCCAGACCGGCAAGUCUGCCAACGUCACCAUCACCCACAAGAGCAACGUUCUCUCGCAAACAGACGGUCUUUUCCGCUCGACUGCUCGCGAGGCUCUUGCUCACUUCCAAUCCCAGGGCGUUACCGUCGACGAGCAAAUCGUAGACAGCAUGGUCUACAAGUUGUUCCGUCAGCCUGAGACCUACGAUGUUAUUGUCGCUCCUAACCUCUACGGUGACAUCCUGUCCGACGGUGCUGCUGCUCUUGUUGGCAGUCUGGGUCUCGUUCCCUCUGCCAACGUUGGUGAGGGCUUCGCCAUUGGUGAGCCUUGCCACGGUUCUGCCCCUGACAUCCAGGGCAUGAACAUUUCCAACCCCAUCGCUACCCUCCGCAGUGUUGCCCUCAUGCUUGAGUUCCUCAACGAGGAGAAGGCCGCUGCCAUUAUCUACAAGGCUGUCGAUGCCAACCUUGAGGAGGGCAAAUUCCUGAGCCCCGACAUGGGUGGCCAGGCCAAGACCACCGAGGUUGUCGAGGACAUCCUCAGAAGAAUGUAAAUCAGUCAUGCUUGUAUAGAUUUUUGAGAUACCAAAAGCAAUGGGAUACGGGACCAUAUGAUCAAGACCAUUUUCAUUACAAGUUCCGACCCAGUUUUCUAACCAUCUCUCGCAACCACGCCAGGAGUGUUCCGGCUUGUAAGAAUGCAUAAUGUUGUUUAGAUCUACAGUUAUACGCGUGACGGGGAGAAUGGAGGGGCUCCUUCACAUGCUGGAAACGUCAGAUCUGGGGAAAUUCUCUACGUC